CAAAUCCGGAAAAGAAAACUUGCAGUAUUUGGAGAGCUUUAAUUCAAUUUUGGAAUUUGUUUGGACAAUUCUCCAACACGUCAUGAAUCAUGAUUGAAUCGUUUUCGUUUAAUUUAAUAACAGUAAUUGAAAAAUCUAAUUUAGUGCAAGGGGUAUUAAACUCUUUUCACAUUCAAAAUAAGUCCUUUUGGUUCUUUCUUUGUGGGUGCAUACGCUAUUCAUCAUUCAUCGUGAUCAAUCAGCAAUCGGUGGCUGUGCUCGUCGUCUCUAAAGCCAUCAUCGAUCAAGCGUGAGAGGGUAGCAUAGCAUAGCAAAGCAAAACAAACAUGUCUAUGUCCGAUUCCGAUUCCUCUUCUUACGCCGGCGCCGACUACAAAAGUUUCAAGCAAAUUAGCCGCGAGCGAUUAUUACAUGAAAUGCUGAGGUCAGCAAAAACAGGGGAUUCCAAAUCAACUUUGAAGGUAUUAAUAAUGGAUAAACUUACUGUAAAGAUAAUGUCUCACUUAUGUAAGAUGACUGAUAUCAAUGGUGAAGGUGUUUCAUUGGGUGAAGACCUAUACAAGCAAAGGCAGCCAUUGCCCACCUGGGAUGCUAUAUAUUUCAUCCAGCCAACCCGAGAAAAUGUAAUUAUGUUUUUGUCAGACAUGUCUGGAAGGACACCCCUAUACAGGAAGGCAUUUGUUUUCUUCAGUUCUGCUAUUUCCAAAGAAUUAGUUAUGGACAUUAAGAAAGAUAUGGAGGUGUUGACUCGAUUAGGUGCAUUGAGAGAGAUGAAUUUGGAGUAUUUUCCCAUAGACAGCCAGGGUUUCAUCACAAAUAAUGAGAGGGCAUUAGAGGAGCUGUUUGGGGAUGAAGAGAAUAAUCAUAAAGGUGUUACGUGUUUGAAUGUUAUGGCAAAACGGAUUGCUACAGUUUUUGCUUCUUUAAGAGAAUUUCCUUCUGUUCGCUUUCGUGCUGCCAAGUCCCUAGAUGCAACCACAAUGACUACUUUCCAAGAUCUUAUUCCUACAAAGCUUGCUGCUGGAAUCUGGGACUGUCUUGUGAAAUAUAAAAAAAGUAUACCUAAUUUUCCUCAGACGGAGACCUGUGAAUUGCUCAUUCUUGACAGAUCUAUUGAUCAGAUUGCUCCUGUGAUACAUGAAUGGACUUAUGAUGCCAUGUGUCAUGAUUUGCUGAAUAUGGAGGGAAAUAAAUAUGUUCAUGAAGUUCCUGGCAAAUCCGGUGGUCCAGCAGAGAGAAAAGAGGUUCUUUUGGAGGAUCAUGAUCCUGUAUGGCUCGAACUUCGCCAUGCUCAUAUUGCAGAUGCUAGUGAACGGCUCCAUGAGAAGAUGACCAACUUUAUUUCAAAGAACAAAGCUGCACAAAUACAACAUGGUUCAAAAAGUAGCAGUGAAAUGUCUACAAGGGACAUACAAACCAUCGUUCAAGCACUUCCACAGUACAGUGAACAAAUUGAUAAGCUCUCCCUCCAUGUAGAGAUUGCAGGAAAAAUUAAUAGAAUCAUUAGGGAGUCAGGACUACGGGAACUUGGCCAGCUGGAGCAAGAUCUUGUUUUCGGAGAUGCAACAACAAAAGAUGUGAUCAAAUUUUUUACCAUGAAAGAAGAUAUAACCCAUGAAAAUAAGUUGCGCCUGCUAAUGAUUCUUGCAUCUGUUUAUCCUGAGAAAUUUGAGGGAGAAAAGGGUCAGAAUUUGAUGAGGCUAGCAAAAUUGACAGAAGAGGAUAUGAACAUUGUGCCCAAUUUCAGAAUGCUUGGAGGACAACCAGUAACCAAAAAAAGUUUGACCGCUGCUUUUGGUCUUAAGUUUGAUAUCCAUAAGAAGAAGCAUGCUGCAAGGAAAGAGCGUCCUGGUGAAGAAGAGAAAUGGCAGCUAUCACGCUUUUAUCCCAUAAUAGAGGAACUCCUUGAAAAACUCAUGAAAAAUGAAUUGUCAAAGGAAGAUUAUCCAUGUUUGAAUGAUCCAAGUCCAUCUUACCAAGGCUCACCUUUUUCUGGUCCUGUAAACCAAAAUCCUCACUCAAUGAGAUCAAGACGGACACCAACUUGGGCUCGACCACGAGGUUCUGAGGAUGGAUAUUCAAGCGAUUCAGUGCUUAGACAUGCAUCAAGUGAUUUCAGGAGGAUGGGGCAACGAAUUUUUCUAUUCAUUGUUGGUGGAGCAACCAGAUCCGAGCUUAGGGUUUGCCAUAAGCUUACCGAAAAGCUAAAGAGGGAAAUUAUUCUAGGCUCAUCAAGUAUUGAUGACCCAUCACAAUUUAUUACGAAAUUAAAGACGAUAACGACGCAUGAGAUUUCAUUAGAUGAUAUCCAGAUAUGAUGUUACGGACUUGAGAACUAGAAGAUGAGCCUCUGGUUACUUGUAAAUUAUAUAUAUUUGUGUUGUGAUCAUAUAGUUUAAUCAUCUUGAUGUUACAAAUUCUUUGGAAAUUUAACUCCUUGUCAACAGACUAACAGGAAUAAUCUUCAUUGGUUACUAACGAGAAUAACUUUAGUUUUCAGUGAACAGAUUGGUUUAGACAAGAAACCAGUUAAACUAGAGAACACUUUGUUGUAAACAAUAAUACUUUCAACUCGCUAAAAUCAAUUUAGUGGUGGGAAUUUGAGUUUUAGAUUCAAGCUUCA